GACAUUUUCCUGUCAGGAUUUUUUGCUCUGUCUUAUCUUUAGAAUACGCUUUGUGAAAGUAUUGUGGUUAUGAGACACUCUGUAUAUUAUACCUUUUUUUAAUUUCUUUAUCCCUUCACAUUUAUUACUUCUGUAGUAUUUGUUUUGAAUAAUACAAAUUGUAUCGAGCAAGUGAUUAUCUAUUCAGUGUGAUUCGCAUUGUUUAAAAUACACGUAUCAGAAAAGUAAUGCAAAUAAUUCGCAAUACUGAGUUACUUUACGAUGUUUGUAAAAUUAUCGGUUAAUUAGCCCGUUUCGACGCUGAUUUUAACGUCGCCCGCGAUAUGCACGCACGAGAUUGCACAUUAUUUGUUUCAGUACAAACCUCGGUUUGCGCCAAAGAUACGAUGGCUACGGAGAGGAUUGGAUUUUUAUGCCUGACGGCAAUGGACAGCCUCAAGUAGCAGUGUUAAAAAUCCAAGACAAUGAAAGGAGAGGCGUAUUAAAUUCAGAAAUAGCUUACAUAAUUUACACUCGAUCUAAUCCGGAAAAAGGUAUACGAGUGACUCUAAAUGACACCUCGAAUCUUGCUGGUUCCGACUUCAAACCCUCGCGAAAAACGAAAUUCAUAACUCACGGAUGGAAGUCGAGCGCCAUGAGUACCAGUCUUAUCAACAUGAAAGAAGCUUUUCUCACUCACGGCGAUUACAACGUCAUCCUUGUGGACUGGGAACCGUUGGCUGCGAGCACAUUUUAUUUGGGACCGAUGCAUAACACCGCAAGGGUCGGGACUAACGCCGCCAACUUUAUAGACUUCUUAGUGAAAGAGACUGGACUGAAAACGGAAGACGUUCACUUUAUCGGUCAUUCCCUUGGUGCACACGUGGCUGGGAAUGCGGGCGGUGCGACGACUUCCGGGAAAUUGAGCAGAGUAACAGGUUUGGAUCCAGCAUUGCCGGGAUUCCACAUACUCGCCUCCGAGAAAACUCGCUUGGAUCCCACAGAUGCAGUAUUCGUCGACGUCAUACAUUCCUGUGGCGGUGUGUUAGGCUUUCUUCAACCGCUUGGAAAAGCAGAUUUUUAUCCAAACGCUGGUACAGCGAUUCAGCCCGGAUGCUGCUGCGUUCCUGAAAUAAUGGAGGCUUGCAGUCAUGGGCGGUCAUAUGCAUACUUUACGGAAAGUAUAAAUUCGAAAACAGGACUACUGGCUAAGAAAUGCGACAACUGGGACUCAUACUUAAGCGGCAAAUGUGACAAUUCGCAAGUAGUACUCAUGGGAGAACAUGUUGAACAUACCGCCGAGGGUCUAUAUUUUCUUAAAACGAGAUCAGAUCCGCCUUAUGCGCAUGUAUCAGAAGUAACCAACAAUAAUGUAUCUAAAUGAAAAUUAUAUA